CAAUAAUCGGUAAGUUGCACACCUGGCAGGGCCACAGCACAUUAUGCGACCUAGAAGGAACAAUGCCUCUAUCCCUUGUGGUUUCACACAGGCUUUUGCGAAGGUCCACUGUGGAUGAUGCCGCAAUAGAGCUUAAUCCACCGUUGGUUUACUUAUAAGAGACGCUGCACGACCAACAUUCUCUCAAUGCGACCAAUAUAAUCCAUACGCAACCACUCUGGCACUCUGUCGAGUAUCCAGAGAUAUCAGACGCGCCGUGCUUCCCGAGCUUCUGCACACGGUAUUACUGUCGGAACAUUGGAACCUGACAGCUUUCGAGCAUGCUCUACGUAUGCAGAAAGCAUACGCUCAACAAGAUCAUCACCUCCAUUUCGAGUACGCACCGCAUGUGCGCAGGAUUUGGAUCGGAGAGAUCUUGAAGGUGGUCCAGCAGGCUGACUGGCCCCACCACUUUUUUAUCUUUCCACCGUCUCCCCCUCAGAUAGACUUCAGCCUCUUGGCUCCGGUCCUCCUCGCCGCAGAGUCCCUUGCGACAAACUUUUUAAAUCUAUUCAUUCUUGAAGGCUGCCUGGAGCAUGCAUGGAACUCCCAUGCAGCGACAAAUACAGACCUCGCACAUUCCCCGCUUCCUUGGAGCAUCAGAACCUUAACGGCAUUGGGGGAUAUCUCUAGAUCUUCAUGGCUCCCCCUCGAGAGCACUCACCAAGGACGUGCUUUCCUUGCUUCCAUUUCGCAUGUCAUCUCCAUCUCUGUCUCCCCAACCGAACUACAUCCUCACUUUCGCGCUCGCAUCUCGGACUAUAUUGGACCUCGAGACCGCGAGCUACCCAGGUGGAUAAUGCACACUCCAUGGCAUUCUUUCACCAGUUUGCAAAGUGUCUCACUGGCCCUCCCGUAUACCAAACCAGUCGCUCCACAUCUCGCUCCAUUGGCGUCCAGCGGGUUGGACGAGCAAGUGGAGCUGCUGACGUUCCCUGCGUCCCUGAUAUUUAACCACCAGCGCCGGGCGCUUACUGAGGGUAGAGAAGGGCGUUUUCCGUGGAACGAUAGGCAAAUUACGGUAUCGCGUUCUUCUAAACGGUUUUAUGUACUUGUUCAAAAUUGGGAAAGGGCUUGGGCAUGGGGAUUAACAGGCUGACGAAAAGCGUUAUGGACUCAUAUUAGAUUAGUACAAGCUCGCAUUCGUUCAAUUUCGCAUUGUACUUUAUGUUUCACUUAGAACGGGACCCAAUGUCGGUGCCUGCCCAAUGC